UGGAGCAUAACCAGCUGUCAAACUUGUAGUGUCAUCUUCAUCUCUAUGUCAAAUUUGUCUGUUUUGCAAUGACCCAAAUUGCUUAGAAUACACGUAAUAUUUGCAUAUAAAACUAUCUCCCUUCCAUUAUACAGACAAAGUAAUUAGAAAUGAAUCUAAUAAGGAAGCUCGUAACAAAUACUGCGAACAAGGAGCGACGAAGACUGUUUAGACCACCCUUAUUUCGGAACACCCAUAGACAACUAUCAUCCUGUGAAACUCCCACAGAGCAGAUAGACAGACCUCUUUUCUUUGUGCCAAAGGGGAACUUUGGCCAGCCAACAUGUCAUACUCAUCCUCAUUUGAUAUCUGAAGAGCAUCUGACUUGUGGCAUAUCUCAGGCAGAGUAUAAAGAAAGGCGGGAAACGUUGGUCAAGAAAUUAGCGGGAGAAGCGGAAAAUAUACAUAAAUCACAUAUUAUAGUAAUACCAGCGGCAAGCAGGCAAUACAUGUCAGACAAGAUACCAUAUGUGUUCCGUCAGAAUUCAGACUUCUUCUACCUCACUGGGUGCCUGGAGCCGUCCGCUGUACUAGUAAUGAUAAAGCCACCACAGACUGACAAGUUUAAGAGUAUCCUAUUCGUACACGACAAAGACGCACACGCAGAGCUAUGGGAGGGGCCUCGAACAGGCUGCGCGGCCGCAGCACGACUGUUUGCCGUCGAUGAAUCCAGACCAGUGGAGAACUUUCCCACCUUCUUGAAUAAUACUGCCUACAGGUUAACAGCUACAUCAAAGCCAGCGGUCCUGUGGUACCACAGUGACAAUCCCGCCAACCCUGAGCUUCAUACCACAGUCCAAAGUACUCUCAGAGGUGACACUACCCUGGUUCGGAAUGACCCACAGAAGGCACUGCAUUUUAUGAGGGUUAUCAAGUCCCCAGCAGAGAUUGAGCUGAUGAAGGAAACGUGUUAUAUUGGAUCCCAGUCUAUUAAUAUGGCUAUGGCUUGUACUAAACCGGGCAUGUCAGAACACAUGGUGAACGCGAUCCUAGAGUACACGUGCAAGCAGGGCGGCGCGGAGCACCUCGCCUUCCCGCCCGUGUGUGCCGGCGGCCCGCGGGCCACACACAUACACUACGUCGCCAACAACCAGCUGCUCGCGGGGACUGAAAUGCUGCUGGUAGACUCAGGUAGUCAGCGCUGGAUGUACAACUCAGAUAUAUCCCGCACGUGGCCUGUCUCCGGCAAGUUCUCCAAGCAUCACCGGAUACUGUACGAGAUCGUGCUCACUGUACAGAAACGUCUAAUCGAGAUCCUAGGCGAGCAGCGUCCAGCACUAGACAAGCUGUUCGACAGCAUGUGUCGGCUACUGGGGAAAUAUUUACAGCAAGAAGGCAUAUUACCACAGAACGUGGAUGGACAGGAACUGCUGGGGAAAGCCUACCGCCUGUGUCCGCACCACGUGUCCCACUACUUGGGUAUCGACGUGCACGACUCGUCGCUCGUGCGCCGCAACGUGCCCGUCGCUACCAACAUGAUCGUAACUGUCGAACCAGGUAUCUACAUAAGCCCAAACGACACAACAGUGCCAGCAGAAUUCCGAGGCGUCGGCAUCAGAAUAGAAGACGACGUGCUCAUCACAGACGGGGACUCGCUCGUCUUAACCGACACCUGCAUAAAGGAGGUAUCGGACAUCGAGGCUCUAGUCGGCAAGCAGAGUGUAUGAGAACGGCUUCAAUACUUAAGGGUUGCUACUUUAAUGGCUUGUUUCACUGGUUACUGAUAAAGUGUCGGAUAGCCUAUCAGGAGCCUUAUCUGUCAGAUAAACUAAACCAUUUGGUUUCAUUGACAGCAGUAUCAGGCAGAAAUUAUAAGCAGCCUUUAUCUAGCAGAUAGCAUUAACUAUAACUUGCUCGCGGGAGGACUUAAUGAGCGCAUCCGGCCGUGCUCUCGCUGUGGUGGCAUAUUGGAUUGACAUAGUGUAGUCUCAAUAUACGACAUGUCAUCGACACGAAAGAAGAAGAACAAGCAUGAACUGUCAGAUAACUAACUGACGCUUUAUCGGUAACCAGUGAAAUCGGGCGUAAAUAUUUAU